AUGGAUUCCAAGCUCUCCUUCGUCAAAACCCUAAUCCAAAACGCGAUCACGAGCAGAUCCUACUAUACUAGCCGCACCAAGAAGCCUACCCUCUACACGGUCAUCAGUCCUCUCGGAGAUAAGAAGCAAACCGUAACUCCAGAGCUCGACAACUGGGUCUCCAAAGGCAACAAGGUCAGCGUCGCCGAGCUCCACCGCAUCAUUCGUGACCUUCGCAAGCGCAAGCGCUUCUCUCAAGCCCUCGAGGUAUCUGAGUGGAUGAAUGAGAAGAGUGUGUACAAGUUUAGGUCGAGUGAGCAUGCUGUGCAGCUGGAUUUGAUAGGCAGGGUUCGGGGGUUUGUUUCGGCAGAAGAGUAUUUCACUAAGUUGGAGGAUGAAGAUAAGGACUGUAGGACAUAUGGUGCACUUUUGAAUUGCUAUGUGCGGCAGCUCCAGACAGAGAAGUCUCUUGCUCAUUUGCGCAAAAUGCAGGAGCUGGGGUUUGCGUCUUCGCCUCUUGAUUACAAUGGGAUCAUGUGUUUGUAUACGAAUAGUGGUCAGCAUGAGAAGGUCCCUGGUGUGCUGGCUGAGAUGAAGGAGAAUAAUGUCUCUCCUGACAAUUUCAGCUACAGAAUCUGCAUCAACUCUUAUGGUGUGAGGUCGGAUCUUGAAGGAGUCGAAAAGGUUUUGAAAGAAAUGGAGGGGCAGCCUCACAUCGUCAUGGACUGGAAUACUUAUGCUGUUGUUGCUGAUUUCUACAUGAAGGCGGGCCAAACCAACAAGGCGAUUGAAGCCUUAAAGAUGUCGGAAGAGAGGUUGGAUACGGAAAGUGGGCUUGGCUACAAUUUUUUGAUUUCACUGUAUGCGAAUAUGGGGAAUAAGGAUGAAGUUUUGAGGUUAUGGGGUCUUGAGAAGAGUGCUUGUAAGAGAUGCAUAAAUAGGGAUUAUAUAUGCAUGUUGGUGUCUCUGGUGAAGCUGGGUGAGUUUGAAGAGGCUGAGAUGGUACUGAAGGAAUGGGAUAUGUCUGGAAACUGUUACGAUUUUCGAGUGCCACAGACUGUUGUAGUAGGGUACUCAGCAAAGGGGUUGCAUGAGAGAGCAGAAGCUCUGCUUGAAGACUUGAUGGAGAAGGGAAAAGCAACCACCCUUAAAUGCUGGGAAUUAGUAGCUUCUGGAUAUGUCGCUAAGGGUGAGAUGGAAAAAGCUUUCAAGUGCGUGAACGUUGCUCUCAGUGUGUGGACAGAGAAAGGACGGAGACCCAACGAUAGUUUGUUCACAACCAUACUGAGUUGGCUUGGUGAUGAACGCAGUGUUGAAGUUGUAGAAGUUUUUGUUGGAUCAUUGAGGAAGGUUAUGCCAGUGAACAAGCCAAUGUAUCAUGCAUUGUUAAAGGCAUAUAUAAGAGGUGGUGAAGAAGUAAGUACUAUAGUGGAUCGUAUGAAGACUGACAAAAUAGAUCAUGACAAAGAAACAGGCAAGAUCCUUGACAUGAGGCCAACCUAG